AUGAUGCAACGUAUAAGAUGGAACAAACAGCGUGCUGGAAUUGCUGCUUUAAGUUUAUUGCUGCUUUAUCUGGGUCUGACAGCAAGAACAAUGACAUUUAAAUAUUCGCGCGUCGUUGAUGCCAAACCGAAGUUGGUAUGGGAUUACGUUGCUGACUUCAGUAACAUCAAGAAAAUCAAUCCAAGCAUUUUAGAUUUUUCUAUCAUUGAUGAAAGUGGUACAUAUGAUAAAUGGAGCUAUUCAGUUACAUAUACGGAAAGAUUGUCUCAGUGGCCUUAUCUUUACAAUGUGGGGCAUGGGCAUUUUUCAGUGAGGCCUAUCAAUGAAAAAGUACACAGUUAUAUUAUAGAAUCAAAGCACAAUACUUGCUUCUUUAGUGGAUUUUUAUGUUAUAAAACAGUGAGUGAUAUGACAUUCAAACCCACAGUCGAUGGAAAGACUACUUGUGAAGAAACUGUACAAUAUCAGUGCCCGGGUUUAUUUGCAUUAUUUUGUAAAUCUGAGGUAAGCUAUCAAAGGACUGCGAUUAUGAAUAAUUUAAGAAAUCAUUUUACAUGGAAACAUUAA